AUGAAUAACACGGGAGUCGCUGCGUGAGGCUCUACACACACAUUAAGACCGUGCUUUACAAAAACUAUUCUUCGCGAGAGAGGAAUAAUUACAAAGGAAGCUAUGUCCAUUGGAAGAAAUGCGUGGUCGGCUCUGUCCAGUAUGGCGCGACAGUGGACGAUGGAGGAUGAGGAGGAGAUUGAGCGGGAGCGUCGGAGGAAGACUCGAACCUUCAGCACAGAACCUGAGGACGGCUCGACUGAGGACACGCCCUCUGCACUCAGUAGUAUGCAGGAAGGAUCUGAGGUGGGGGACACCGAGCCCUCUGGGUUUUCGGUGGAUUUUGUGGAGAUGUUGCGGGUUCGAGACGAGCGAAGGAGGAGGAGGCACGUGGAGACGUUGACACGGCAACGCGAGGAGGAGGAGGGGCAGGACGAUGGUCAGAAGGCGCAGGGGGGAGGUGACAGAGAGAAGGCGGGGCAGAACCCAGACCCGCCCACAUCUCCAGUCAGCUCGUCAGCCAGCCCCAAGACGGGCAGUCUGAGUGAAAAUGGCAGAUCUCAGCCUGACCAAGACGCAAACACUGAGACACCGAAAAAACCAUCAGGACUGUUUGUGAGCUCGCUGUCCGUCUCCUUUGAUAAGAGCCCCACCUCGCCCACAGAGAGGGGCAGGGUGGUGUCACCCCUGAGUCCCACCGGCUCCUUCAGAGCCAUAUCCCCAGAGGAGCACCCCAGCAGCCCCGUCCGCGAGGUCUCUUCCCCCGUCACGCAGAACGGACAGGUGCAGGGAGUGGCAUGUCAGAAUGGGUCACCAACAACAGAAAGUGUCACCAGCUGGCAGCAAACAGAAGAGACUCCAUUCCAGAGACAAACUUCUAGAACCGUGUCUUUCAGGACGGUGAGAAAGAUAGAGGAGCCAAGCACACCUUUACAGAGGAGUGCCAGUGUCAGAAUUACUUCAAAGACCCAAGCCAGUAAGACACCCAAUGAGGGCGAAGAAAAACAGUCACCAUUUCAAAGGAACUCUAGACAAAGAAUCUCCUCCCGCACCAUCCAGGAGAAGAUGGAGAGAUUGGCCAUGGCAGUACAGAGAUCAGAGAAUGUGAAACCGCCCUCCGUUUCCCAGAAGGGCAUGUACGUGCUGGUGGACGAGGUGUCCAGGAAAAGGGGCCUGUUUGAGAGGUUCCCAGAAGCUGAAGGCAAACAGCAGGACUGGCGCAGCUUCUCUGUGGGAAUCUCCGAACGCAUCAACCGCUGGGUGACCAAAGCGCAGGGGCCCGGCUCGCCCAUUACGGCCCCGGAUCUGAGGCAUGUAGACAUCACUAGUAAGAGGAGCAUCUGGGAGAACCGUGCUGAAGAGGUGUCUCCCAAACCGCCUAACAGCAAAGUCUACAAGUAGAGGCUCCUCCAGACCAACCCUUCUUAUAUUCAAGGAAUACUAACGCCAUAAAACAUGUGGGAGGACAGCACAACUGAUGGUUUCGUCGUCGUUCUUUUUUGCACUACAGGUGAUUUCAAGCUUUUUGGUGAAGAGCUCAAAGCUGGGAGAUUAAUAAUGUAUGCUUUCACUCUGAAUUAGCAAGCAAGGACUCAUCUUCAAUUUCCAUAAUUGUGGGGUAAUUUUCCUGCUGCUGGAUUUUAACUAUUGUUAACCAGUUCAUAUAUUAUUGUGUCCUAUAUUACGUUAUU